GACACAUCCGUGAUCAUGGAUAAUGAGCACAGACAUGUAUUCUGCUCUGUGAGGGGAGAUAGAGUCGUUACACAGGCUAGAUAUCAUGCUGAAAGCACACAAUGUGAUCAUAAUCACCCCGGAUAAACCAAGCUUCCUGUUAGGCGCUAGAAGGAUGAUGGUGAGGAUGUGGACGUCCCUGACGGUGUCCUCAAUUGUAGCAGUCUUAUGUAUGGUGCAGCCAUCGGCAGGUGACGUCGAAGGCAUUUAUCCUUGUGACAGCCAGAUCUACUGCCGGGGCCAACUGCUGGACAAGGUGCAGAUGGCACGGAUCUACAGAGACUCCAAGACAUUCGUGGACAUGAACUUGAAGGAGGACCCAGUAACAGUGUUGCGAGCCUUCAAUACUACGCUGGCAAACGCUCCGUCCAACAACUCCCAGAUCCAGGCUUUCGUAGAUCAAUACUUCGAAGGUCCGGGGACAGAGUUCGAGGAGUGGACACCCGGAGACUAUGUCGAAAACCCGGCCUUUCUGGCGGAUGUUAAAGACAACAACUUGAAGCAGUUCGGCAAGUCCCUGUGUGGGAUUUGGGAACAGCUGGGCAGGAAGAUAAAGAACGACGUCAGGGACAACCAGGAACGUUACUCCCUGCUGUACGUGGAGAACCCCUUCAUCAUCCCCGGCGGUCGCUUCAGGGAGACUUACUACUGGGACUCGCUGUGGGUGGUGCACGGACUUCUCCGUUGUGAGAUGACUCAGACAGUCAGUGGCAUGCUGGAGAACUUCUUCUUCAUCAUUGACAGAUACAGUUUUGUCCCCAACGGUUUCCGGGUGUACUACCAGAAGCGGUCCCAGCCGCCUGUCCUGGCGUGGAUGGUAGAGAGCUACUAUGAUGUGAGUAAGGAUAGGGACGCCCUGGUUCGAUCCCUAGGUCCCUUGGAGAGGGAAUACCAGUUCUGGAUGACCAAUAGGAGCGUGGAGGUUCAAGUGAACGGCCAGACUCACACCUUGAACCUGUAUAACACCGUCACCAACACUCCCAGACCAGAGUCUUACGCCGAGGACGUGGAAACAGCAGGGGAGACAACUGAAGAGCAAGCGUCCGGCAUCUACACGAACCUAGCUUCAGCAGCUGAGAGUGGCUGGGAUUUUAGUAGCCGCUGGUUCUCGCGUGAAGACGAGACUAACAUGAGGCUUAACACUACUGUUAUCACAGACAUUAUUCCUGUAGACCUCAACAGCAUCCUUUGCAGGAAUGAGAGACUCCUGGCGCGCUUCUAUAACAUUACAGGAAACAGUGUAAAAUCCAGGUACUACUCUGAAAGAUAUGAACGGCGGAAAGAUGCUAUAAAAGAAGUGUUGUGGAAUCAGAAAAAAGGCGUCUGGCAGGAUUACUACAUUCCUGACCAAUCUCUGAGAGACUACUUUUUCCCGUCCAAUGUAUUUCCUAUGUAUGCUGGUUGCUAUGGCAACACCGAUGCAGAGCGCGAGAUGAUGGAGGAGAAGGUCGUGAGUUACCUACAGGCACAAAACGUACUACAAUACGAAGGCGGUGUUCCCACCUCUCUAUCAAACACCGGCCAACAGUGGGAUCUGCCCAAUGCGUGGCCGCCAUUACAACACGUCAUUAUUACAUCAUUAGCUGAAGGCAGACGCAAGCAAUCAAAAGCUUUGGCUAUAGAACUCGCCCAGCGCUGGGUUUACACAAACUGGCUUGGCUGGAAAAAUACCCGACACAUGUUUGAGAAGUACGAUGUGGACAACGUCGGGAGACGCGGAGGAGGAGGAGAAUACGACAGUCAGACCGGGUUUGGUUGGACAAAUGGAGUCGUGUUGGACUUACUCAGUCGCCAUGGAGACAUCUUGACAACAGACACGUCGACGUCUGAAGCUCCAGCAACUAUGCCGUCCAUGUUUAUUUGUGUUUACCUGUUUGUCAACGCAAUGCUAGCCGUGGUCUUUCACCGUUGAGUAAUCCUGGUCUGUGGCCAGUAGCAGUAUAACCAGAGUAUUGAUAAUCAGUGAUCAUGUAUGGAUUUAUAUCCACUCCUGAAUAGAUGCAUACACUACCCAGGCAGCUUGAACCUCCUCACCCGAAUGAGUGAGUUUGGUUUAUCGCUGCCCUUGCUGGAUCCCAGUGUGUCAAAUUGAUGAUGAAGGGUUGGAGGUUUGGACGUGUGUAUAUUGAUGUUGAAGGGUUGGAGGUUUGGACGUGUGUAGAUUGAUGUUGAAGGGUUGGAGGUUUGGACGUGUGUAGAUUGAUGAUGAAGGGUUGGAGGUUUGGACGUGUGUAGAUUGAUGUUGAAGGGUUGGAGGUCUGGACGUGUGUAGAUUGAUGUUGAAGGGUUGGAGGUUUGGACGUGUGUAGAUUGAUGUUGAAGGGUUGGAGGUUUGGACGUGUGUAGAUUGAUGUUGAAGGGUUGGAGGUUUGGACGUGUGUAGAUUGAUGUUGAAGGGUUGGAGGUUUGGACGUGUGUAGAUUGAUGUUGAAGGGUUGGAGGUUUGGACGUGUGUAGAUUGAUGUUGAAGGGUUGGAGGUUUGGACGUGUGUAGAUUGAUGUUGAAGGGUUGGAGGUUUGGACGUGUGUAGAUUGAUGUUGAAGGUUUGGAGGUUUGGACGUGUGU